AUGUCUCUCCAGGUCCCCCUCCGGGAGAAGCAUGCCCAUGGCGGCCAGGCGGUGACCAAGGCGGUCAUUCUGGUCGGUGGCGCAUCUCGAGGCACUCGUUUCCGCCCGCUCUCCCUCGACGUUCCCAAGCCUCUCUUCGACGUUGCUGGCCACCCUAUCAUCUGGCACUGCCUGACUGCCAUUGAAAAGGUGCCCUCAAUCCACGAGGUCUACCUCAUCGGCUACUACGACGAAUCUGUCUUCCGCGACUUCAUCAAGGACGCCGCCCACCACUUCCCCAACCUCUCCAUCAAGUACCUGCGCGAGUACCAGGCCCUCGGCACCGCCGGCGGCCUCUACCACUUCCGCGAUGCCAUCCUCAAGGGCCGCCCCGAGCGCCUCUUCGUCCUCAACUCGGACGUCUGCUGCUCCUUCCCGCUCAACGAGAUGCUCAAGCUCUUCAACGAGAAGGACGCCGAGGCCGUCAUCCUCGGUACCCGCGUCAGUGAGGACGCCGCCACAAACUUUGGCUGCAUCGUCUCCGACAACCACACUCGCCGUGUCCUGCACUACGUCGAGAAACCCGAGAGCAAGAUCUCCAACCUGAUCAACUGCGGCGUCUACCUCUUCGCCACCGAGGCCAUCUUCCCCUCCAUCAAGAGCGCCAUCAAGCGCCGCGCCGACCGCCCCAACCGCCUCGUCUCCUACCCUUCCUCGGACAACCUCGAGAGCAGCUUCAUCGAGUACCAGAACGACGACGAUGACGACGAGGGCCGCCAGAACGAGGUUAUUCGCCUCGAGCAGGACAUCCUCUCCGACAUGGCCGACAACAAGCAGUUCUUUGUCUACGAGACCAAGGACUUCUGGCGCCAGAUCAAGACGGCCGGCUCGGCCGUCCCCGCCAACGCCCUCUACCUGCAAAAGGCCUGGCAGAGCGGCUCCAAGGAGCUCGCCCAGCCCAGCGCCAACAUCAUCCCGCCCGUCUUCAUCGACCCGACCGCCCACGUCGACCCGACCGCCAAGCUCGGCCCCAACGUCUCCAUCGGCGCCCGCGCCACCGUCGGCGCCGGAGCCCGCGUCAAGGAGUCCAUCGUCCUCGAGGACUCGGAGAUCAAGCACGACGCCUGCGUGCUCUACUCCAUCAUCGGCUGGAACAGCCGCGUCGGCGCCUGGGCCCGCGUCGAGGGCACCCCACAGCCCGUCACGAGCCACACGACGAGCAUCGUCAAGAACGGCGUCAAGGUCCAGGCCGUCACCAUCCUCGGCAAGGAGUGCGCCGUCGGCGACGAGAUCCGCGUGCAGAACUGCGUGUGCCUGCCCUUCAAGGAGCUCAAGAGGGAUGUCGCCAACGAGGUCAUCAUGUAA